AUGCCGCGUCCUUCGACGCCGCCAAAAACGGCGCCCCCCACCAAGGCAGCCGUCUCGCCUCCCACACCCGAAGUUACUCGUCGCAUCGAGGAGAAUCGGCUGAAAGCCAAGGCACGGCGCGCUCAGCACGAUGCCGAAUUGAAAGCUGCUGGAACCCCUUCGCUACCACGCACCUCUUCUGGCUUUGUGGCCACUGACGACAUUCACAUUCCAAACACGCGCAAACGGACACACGAUGAGAUAGCGUCGAUUCGCAAUACUCCAUCAGUAAGCCGUGAUGGGCGCAUCAACGGCGCAUCUCCAGCAAAGACAGGUGCAUCACAGUCAGAAAAUCCAGACUCGGGAGCGAUACAGCCUGCGAAGAAGUUCACCAAGUUUGUAGACUACGACUUUGACAAGAUUACAGAUACAAAAGGUGGAUUCCUGAGUGCCGAAGAUGACCCUUGGAACAAGGCAAUGAGCGGCGGCCCGGCAAAAGGUGGAAAGCCCGGGCAACCUGCGGACGGAGGCGAAGAGAAGCCAAAGGGCAUGACAGAGGCGGAAUGGGAGCGGCUGCAAAUUCUCCGGAAAUUGCGCCGUCAAAAGGCUGGACCCUACGAGCCAGGUCUCAGUGUCAUCACCGCAGCAGAUCGCAAGAAAUGCCGUGAAUGCAACAGCAUGGAGAUUGACUUUGUCUGGGAUGAGGUCUUUGGCAUAUCCGUGUGUAACAAAUGCAAGGAAGCGGCACCAGAGAAAUACAGCUUGUUGACCAAGACGGAGGCCAAGGAGGACUAUCUACUUACGGACCCAGAACUACGCGACGAGGAACUCCUGCCCCACCUCAGCCGACCAAACCCUCACAAAAGUCACUGGCACGACAUGAUGCUGUUUCUGCGAUGCCAGGUUGAGGAGUAUGCUUUUUCAGACAAGAAAUGGGGCAGCGCAGAGGCCUUGGAUGCCGAAUUCGAAAAGAGAGAAGCUGAAAAGAAGAGAAGAAAAGAAGAAAAAUUCAAAUCCAAGUUGCUGGACCUGAAGAAGCGGACCCGGACCGAUGCAUAUCGGAGAGAGCACGGCAAGCUUGGGUCCGGCGCAGGGAUUGGUAAAAGGACGGAUGGUGAGAAGGCCAAGUUUGGAGACAAUGUGCCAAAUAUGGGACGGCACGUACAUGAAUGGGGCAGAGAAAUAGAGAACGAAGAGGGCAUGACUGUCAGGACUUGCACGUCAUGUGGCAUGGAAGUUGAAGAGUUGGAGUUUUGA